GUAUGAAAAUUUUCUUUAAAUAUAUGAUGGACUCCUAAAAUCUAAAAUUGAGUGAUUUAACCCCUGUUAUUUUAUUAAUUCACGGAUUAUAGAAAAUUUAAAUUUUCCUUCGGUCUUCUAUCAACAAUGUUGAUAAAGUAUUAGCGAAUUUAGUAUACACAAGGGUGAUACCUAUUCUUAGUAAUACAUAAAUAUACACGUAUAUGCCUUUUUUAUAAUAAUGUCUUGUACAGAAAGAGUGAUAGUUUUAGUUGAUAUGGAUUGCUUUUACUGCCAAGUUGAAGAAAAGCUUGACCCCAGUUUAGAAGGAAAACCAAUUGCUGUUGUGCAGUACAAUGCCUGGAGAGGUGGAGGAAUAAUUGCUGUUAAUUAUCCUGCUCGUGAGAAAGGAGUUACAAGACAUAUGAGAGGCAAUGAUGCAAAACAAAAAUGUCCAGAAAUUGUUCUAGUUAGAGUACCAGAAGUAAGAGGAAAAGCAGACUUAACAAAAUACAGAGAGGCAGGAAAAAGAGUUGCAGACGUUUUACAAAUAUUUACCCCAAUUUUGGAAAGAGCAUCAGUCGAUGAGGCUUAUUUGGACAUUACAGAUGUUGUACAGAAAAAAAUUACAGAGUUUAGUGAAGUUCAACUUAAUAAUUUGCAAAAUACGUAUGUCGUCGGUUAUGAUAUCCAGGAUUUUUUAUAUAAUGUUAAUAAAAAUAGGGAUUACUCUGAGAGUAAUUACAGACUGACUCUGGGAGGUGUAAUUGUUGAACAAAUUAGAGCAGAAGUAUACAAAAAGACAGGAUACAAAUGUUCGGCAGGAAUAGCACAUAAUAAAAUUCUAGCAAAACUGGUAUGUGGAUUGCACAAACCAAAUAAACAGACCAUAUUACCACAAGAAUCUGUACCAAAAUUGUAUAAAGAGUUACCAUUAAAAAAAGUUCCUGGACUUGGAGGAAAAUUUGGAAUCAGUAUUUCAGAUAAACUCAACAUUUCGAAAAUAGGGGAAUUGGUUACAUUUAGUGAAAAGCAUUUAGUGAAAUACUUUGAUGAAAAAACUGCAAAAUGGCUAUAUAAUAUUGCAAGAGGUAUAGAUUAUGAAGCAGUGACAACAAGGCUCAUAUCAAAAUCUAUUGGUUGUUGUAAAAAGUUCCCUGGAAGAAGUGCUUUAACUACAGCUGAAAGUAUUGAUCACUGGGUGAAUGAAUUUGUUUCCGAAAUAUUGGAAAGGUUGGAAGGAGAUCUUAAGGAGAAUAAUAGGAGAGCAAGGCAAAUAACACUGCACUUUACUCAAACUGUUAAUGGCAAACAAAUUAGUAGUUCAAGAACUCUUUCCUUAAAUUGUUACGAUCAUUCGAAAAUGACUCAAAUUUGUUUAGAUGCUAUAAAAAGGUAUUGUAUGAAGUCAGAUGGUACCUAUGACAUAAGAUACUUAGGGUUCAGUGUAGGAAAUUUCGAGCUAAAUAAGAAAACUGGAAACAUAUCAAGUUUUUUUGAAAAUAUGAGAAAUUUUAAUUUGCAAAAAAGUGCCAUAUCCGAAAAUAGUGUUAAACAAGAAUCAGAUUGGUUAAAACAAAACAUAGCGAAUACUGAAUUAUCACCAAAUAUUGUAAUAGAAACAGUAGGUGUAAUUCCAAACCAGCAUGAGGAUCUUAUUUUGGAAAAGAAAAAGUACUUGAAUGAAGAUAAUACUUCUCCAUCUGAGGAACAAAUUAGUUUUUCAGGUAAUGAUGAAAUUCACGAUCAAACUUAUCAAGACAACACUUCGAUUUACUCUGCAGAAACUGACGAUUUAAAUGAUGAUAUAAAGAGCCUUAUUUUUUAUGAAGAUAUCUAUCCAGAAAGUGUUGCUACUGAACCUAUCUUCACUAAACCACUAAGUGAAAAUAAACGCAAAAUUAACGACACAAUUUUAAAAAAUUCAUGUCAUACCGAUUCAUUUAGUCAGGGGUCAUCAAGUUCCUUUUUUUCCAAAUACUUUGAAAAUUAUAAUAUUGAUAACUGUUAUUCGAGUCCGACUGAGAGGGAUUUUGAUACAUCUAAAAUUUUAACACAGGAAUUAGAGGAUUCAGACGAAAUUAAGUCUCAUGAAUCAAUACAGAUUGCUGAAGAUAAAAUUGAGGAAAAAAAUAUAAAAUCACAGAUAGAAUUCGAUGAAUGGGAAAACAAAAAACUAUCAGGUUCAGACAUUUGUCCUGAAUGUAGAAAAAACAUACCAAAGUCUGAAUUUGGAUCUCAUAUGGAUUAUCAUUAUGCUUUAAAUAUUGUUAAAGAGGAAGCUCAUUUAUAUAAACCGACACAAAGCAGUACAUCAAAACAAGCAUCUUUAAAAAAUCGGUCAUUUAAGAAUCUUUCCAAACCGGCUAUUAAAAAAAGAACAGCAGAUACGAAACCAAUUCUUGCUUAUCUGCAAACAGAUGAAUUAAAUGAGGAGAAUAGUGAGUUAUGCACUGAGUGUAAUAAAAGAAUUAAACUGGAUGAUGUAAUUAACCAUAUGGAUUAUCACACAGCAAAAAAAAUACAUUUAGAGAUAAAUGCAACAUCAUCUUUUGCUCCAACUAGGAAAAACGUUGAAAAAAUACACGUAAAACGAAAGAAAAAAAAAGUUAAAAGUAGAGGAACUAUUACUUCUUUUUUAAAUCACGGAAAUAUUUAAUUGAUACUGUAUAAUGUUUCAUGGAAUUUUAUAAUGAAUUUUAAUAACUUUUAAUGUUAUUUGAGGUACCUAUCGGGUUUUAUUUUGUAUAGAUAUGUCUUUUUAUUUACGUAAAUAU